AUGGCAAGGUCAUUGUGUUCGUCUACUUUGAAAAAUAUAUGUGAAGAAAACAGAAGAUCUCUGUGGAAGAUAAGGAUGAUCUUAAAAGAGAAAAGUGAAGGCUGGUUGGAAUUUGAUAAUAACAACGAUGUUGAGAAAUACAUAGUGAAAGAGUUGAGCGAGAAGGUUAAUGUAGUGAAAAAAGACCCCAUAAAAAUCAAGAUCGACGAUUACGAUACGGGGAGCCAGCAAGAGGUAAUCUUGGGGUACUAUGAUUCAUCUGAUAAAUAUUAUAUUGGAGAAAUACGCAGGAUGACAGAGCUUAAUGUUGGAGAUGAAGUUGGGAUAUUUUAUGAUCCUAUUGCAAAGAACUUGUGUUUCUCUGUGUUGAAACAAGCAAAACCCAUUGUUCAAAAGAAAAAACAAGCAAAACCCCGAUGA